AUGAGCCAAAUACGCAGUAAUAUUUUAUUCAAUCGUAACAAUCAAAAAACAAAUAAUCAGCAAAUACAAAAUUCGCAUAUUGCAACACCUAUUUUAUAUGAUUCCGAAGAAAAUGAAAUAGAGCCAAAUGAAAAUAUUAGUGUUAGCAAUUUUGAAGAUGAAGAGAAUACAAAUAUUCAAUUUUCGGAAAUUGAUGUUGAUGAGUCUAUUGAUGAAUCUAUAACUGAAGAAGAAAAUCAAUGGAUUGCUAUUAUUAACCAAUGGAUUGAAGCAACUCGAUAUGAGAAUCAAGUAGGUGAUACAAGAGAUCAGAUAUUUUUGGAUAAUGAAUUAAAAGAAGACUUUAAUUUAGCUGGAAGAAAUAUUCAUCCUGCAGAUGAUACCUCGGGCAAGUGGGAUUUAAUUACCUUAUUUGUAGAUAAUUUGGAACCUCCAGUUUAUCUAACACAAAUAACAAAUUAA